GCACACACACACACGCACGCGCAUGCACACGCGCCUGGAGAGGAGCUCCUGUAACCAUUCACUAGUGUUUACACGCCCGUGUGACAGCUGGGCAGCUUGCAGAGCUCUGGAAAAGACCGACCGGUUUUCAACUCGUAUUUGUGCUUCGAAUCAUGUGCACCAGCUGUGACUGACAGUGCAUGCGUCCUACUUGGAAUACCGCAUCCUAGAAGUCGCGCAUGUUGGGAUUUACUCCGCAGACGUUUGCCUAAACUUCGUGGCGCGCGUCUUGCUCAUUUUUUUUUGAAAAAUCAUUUCUUUUGUACCAGAUUUUAAAAGGCUUUAUAUAUUCCCACGCACUUCACUUUUCCAAAAAAAAAAACAGGGUAUGUUCGUUUCCACGUAUAGCGCGCGCACUCCAGAUGCAUGUACUGCUUGACCGGGAUAGGAAAGAAGCCGCGGUUGGCACCGGCACCAUGUUCAGCUGUGUGGGCUGCUUCUGGCUGCUGCUGACCGCCGCGCUCGUUGCGCUCUGCAGCUUCAGCUUCAUCUCUCCUGCGUGGAUCGUGAAGGAGCAGCAUCACGGGAGAAGCGGCCACUCGGUCAGUUUCGGCCUGCUCUGGCACUGCUCCGAGUCUCUGGACCACAUGUACACAUGCUACGCGUUUGGCGGCAUUGGGAGGUUUGCUGAGAUUCCCUCCAGCUCCUGGCAGACGAGCGCCGUGUUGUGCUCCGGAGGUUGCGCGCUGCUGGCUGUCAGCUCCCUGCUGGCCAUCAUCACCGUCUUCUUGCCCAGCGGAAACUGUGAGAGAAAGAUCUGCACACUGGCUGGGUACAUGCAGAUGGCUGCAGUGUUCAUCAUGGCAUCCGGUCUCCUGGUCUAUCCCUUUGGCCUAAACUCCAGUUUGGUCAAGUCCUUCUGUGGAAACUCGGAUAUCUACUAUGCCGGCGACUGCCAGAUAGGCUGGGGUUACAUGUUGGCCAUCGUGGCCGUCAUGCUCACCCUCUUUUUACCCUUCUUCGCCAAGUACGCCCCAAAAGAGCAUCUCCUGCCCACCCCACUGCCCACACUUUUAUAAACCCCCUGCCAUACUCAUGGUAUCUUCUCUGAGCUGUUAAGAUCUGUAUCGCCUCAUUCUUUUUCAUGGUCAGCAAUGAUAAUGUUGCCUCUUUGGAAUAAGUGUGCCCGGAGGAGCCAUUGUGUUCAUUGUGUGAUGUGCUGCAUUGUCUUCCUUCAUCUGAUAAGCUACUUCCUUUCAUCGGCAUCGCUCGUGGUCUACCAACUGUUUUCUGAACGUUUUUUUGGAAAUGCAAAUUCCUGGCAAGUCGCUUUUUUUUUUCCUCGUAUCACUGCAAACUAACUUGUGCUUUUAAUCACAUAAAAUUAAAUGCAAUUUAAUGCAUCGACUUGGAAAAUUUGGAAAGGCAACACCAAAACAGCAGACGAGACUAUUGCGAACGGUAAAGCUAACAUUCUUGUUCUACCUAUUACACAUCUGGAUGCAAAGAGUGCAAGAGGACAAGGAGAACUUUUCUCCCACACAUCAGGGAUUAUUCAGAACAUCAAGAGGAAAGCAAGGAACUCAGAAAUCUUUCAUGCAACAUCAAAUAAUAUUGAACUAGCCAAGACAAAUUACAAAGCAGAGUAGGAAAAUUCUGUUCUUGGAUCCACUUGCUAUGAAUGUUUUCUUCUUCACAACGGAUCAGGCUUUUGAGGAAAUUAAACGGAUUGAUGAAAAUAUGAAAAAAGGGUUUUGGAAAAAAUAUGCCAUAUAUUUAUCCAGUAACAACCAACACUGUGGUUAACAGGCUAGGAGAACAGAAAAACCUUUUCUUAAAUAAAAAAAAAAUACACAAACUGGUGUUUUUAUAUAUAUAUAUAUAUAUAUAUA